CCGAAGUGGUUUCAACCCUAAUUAUAAAUAUAUAAGACUACCUUCAUUUUUACAGUGUUCCACUUGCAGCGCCUCGUGAUAUCUCUCUCUGGUGUCAAAACCCUAACAUCCAGAUCUCGCUACUCUUCCAUUACGAUCAAAUAUGAAGAUCAUCGCUGCUUACUUGUUGUCUGUAUUGGGAGGUAACUCAUCCCCUUCAGCCGAUGAUGUUAAAAAAAUUCUCCACUCAGUUGGAAUUGAGGCAGAAGAUGAGAAGAUUGAGCUUCUCCUAACUGAAGUUAAGGGAAAAGAUUUUGCCGAGCUUAUUGCUAGUGGAAGAGAAAAGUUGUCUUCAGUUCCUUCUGGUGGUGGUGCUGUUGCUGUUUCUGCUGCACCUGCCGGAGGUGCUGCAGCUGCCGCACCUGCUGCUGAAGCAAAGGAGGAGAAGAAGGUCGAAGAAAAGGAAGAAUCCGAUGAUGAUAUGGGAUUCAGCUUAUUCGACUAAAAGGUCUGAAAUUUGUGUUAGACAUUUGUGGUUCUAGUUAUAGUUUUAGUGAAAAUCACAAGGUUUUGAUUCUUGAUUUAUAUAUUGUAUUUUGUUUUAUGGAUUUUGCUUUUUUUGAUGGAGACAAUGUAAGCUACUUGAGUUUAGUAAUCUUUUGAAUUUAAGCUACUUGAUCUGCCUGUGGUUCUUUCAUUA